AGUCCGAUAAGAAUAAGAAGCGAGUGAACCAAGUCCGGGAUUGCAAUUGUGCCAAGAAUAUCGCCCGAAGAGCAACGCCAAAGUCAGAAUCGAAACUUGUACCAGUUUGAGUUGGGGCCAACUUCUGUUUAGUAUCCUCUUGUUCCGCUACAUUUGGUUCCAGAUUCCUCUUUGAUCUGUCAUGCACCCAAGUGUCUACCAAAUCCUGGGACAAGCUAAAGAUGGCAGAGUCAAAUUUCUUCUCUUGACCUUGGUGUUGGCAUUGAGUACUGGGAUCUCGAGCGCAGAUGGCGAGUUGAAUCGGGAACGGCGCGCAGCCGGAUCAUCUCCCUUGGGAAAGAGAAUAAACAACAUGGUGGCAGAACUUGGAAAACGACCCAAGGAGUUGUAUUCUUUUGGUAUAGGUAAGCGGAGCAUCUCCGACCAAGAGAUGGAGGAGUUCCUUCAAGAAGAAGAGGCUCGGGAGAGUCAAGCUCAACCCGGAGCUCAAGUCAAGUUCAUUCACAACAAAGACGGCAUGGAGGCUGGCAAACGUGAUCCCUAUGCCUUUGGCUUGGGCAAACGAGGUCCUCAGGAUGCCUACUCUUUCGGCAUGGGCAAAAGAGGGCCCCAGGACGCUUAUGCGUUUGGUAUGGGUAAACGAGGACCCCAAGAUGCGUAUGCUUUUGGCAUGGGAAAACGUGGACCACAGGAAGCCUACUCCUUUGGCAUGGGCAAGCGCGAUGAAUAUGGCUUCGGAUUGGGCAAGCGUGACCCCUAUGCUUUUGGAUUGGGUAAGCGUGACCCCUAUGCCUUUGGAUUGGGCAAGCGUGACCCUUACGCUUUUGGUCUUGGCAAGCGCUCUCCUUAUGGAUUUGGUUUGGGCCGGAAGCGUGACCCAUAUGCUUUUGGACUAGGCAAGCGCGACCCCUACAGCUUUGGGUUGGGCCGUUAAAUUCAGUCUUGCAAUUCACUCUAUUGCUCUCUCUUUAUCUUUCUUUCCCAUCCACCAAUCAAUCAAUGAUCGAUCACUCAUUCAUUCAAUCAAUCAAGAUUACUCCGGAAAUAAAAAUGAAAAAAUAAGCGAAUAACCACGUGCCCGGUGCGAUCUUCAUCCUCGCUUAUUUGUCCUUAGUUGAACUCCACAGUAGUUUAACUGGUACGUCGUUCAUGUGACCACGUUUCUUCUUGGUUGGCCACCGGAGCCUACAAAUGUCCUUCUCGCCACCCCUGUCCUGUCAACAAAUGACUUGUUGCCUGACACCACACUGGUUGGUUGCCCUCAAUUCUAAGCUGAGAUGACAACGGAUGAAGCCUUAAAGAAGCAACGAUAUAUCGAGACACAUACAUUCAUUUCUUUCUCCAAAUACCCCCCUUGUAUUGUCAUUGUUACGAAGUACUACUAACACCUGAACAUCUAGUCAUGUUGACCCCGAUUUCAUUCAUUAUUGUCUAAUAUCUGCAAGUUACACACUUACAUACCAUUACACAUUAGGAUAUGCUUGAGGAAGAGCAAGUCUUCUUCGUUUUCCAGAUAGCGUUUCUAAGAUAAUAAAAAUCAAUUGCCACUGUUUCAUGCGAA